UAAUAAUGGGUAAUAGAAACUUAAAUCGAUGCCAUGUUAAAACUCCUUAAAUCUUGAAACACUAAUGACGUAAAAAUGAAAAUAUUUGACUUACGUUACAAACUUCCCGUAACGUCAUAAUAUAGGUCCUAUUUUUAUAUUUCAUCGAACUUAUUAAUAAUGGGACAAAUAUUAGGCACCUGGUUCACAAGGAACAUAGAUCUGAAAAUGAACGACAAACCAACCUUCAAUGAAAAGGCUGGUUUUAAAUAUAGCAGAGCUAAACGUGAAGUUUGCGCCCAAGAAGAUCAUCUUAUAUCGGCUAAAAUUCCGCCCAAGUUCAGGGAUUAUUGUGCCCAUUGCCUUUUAGAAUACCAAGUUUGCAGAUAUAAACACAUGCCGCUGUUAUAUAAAUGCCAUCACGAGAGACAUGCUUAUCUAAAUUGUGAAAAGGAAGACUAUGUUCUUCGAAUGAAAGAAUUCGAAAGGGAGAGGAGGUUGAGGGAGCGUGAGAUCAGAAUAAAAGCGGCUAAAGAGAAAUGAUUGUUCGUAUGCAUCUCUUAAAGCCAGCGAGUGAUAACGUAUAGAUUAAAAUAAAUUAUUUUAAUGUUAACAGUAUGUAUUUCAUUUAACAUACAUAGGUAGGAGAGGUAGGUACUUAGUUCCAGGAACAUCGUUUCAUUAAUCCUUAACUUGAGUAUUUGGAGCGAACUUUGUUUAACGUGUUAAAAACGAUUUUUUUAUAAUUUUACUCAUUAGAUUUUAUCAAGAUUUUAGGUGAAUCUACUUGUGUGCAUAAUUUAUGUACACUACAGCCUACAGGUGCCUAUAUUUAAAAAUAUUUUGUUUUUAUAUUAGUAGGAUAUUACCUACGAGCCAUUUAUAUAAACUAA